CAUACAUAAAUUCGAAAAUAACUAUUAUUUUUAAAACUUACUGCCUUAUCCAAUAAAGAAAAAUGAAAUGCAUGUCUUUAUUUUGCUUCCCGUUUGAUAGUUAUUCUGUAUCACAUUACAUUACAUGAACAGCUAAGCUAUGUUGUUUUAUUUUCUUCUCGAAUUGAUAUUGAUCGGAAACAUAGUAUAUGGUCUGGAAUGCCCUGAUGGACAGUUUGGAGACAACUGUGAGGGAAAUUGUAGCAGUUGCCCUUUUCUGGAGACAUGUGACACAGUUUCCGGGCAAUGCAAUGUCAUAAUAAGAUCACCAGAUUCUAUUACAUGGCAUCAAUCCAAACCUUUUCUGUUGUCAGUUAUAGCGUCUCUUUCAAUAAGUGUUGGCCUAAACCUCGCUUUAAUACUCUGGAAGUGUAGUAAAAUUAGGUGCAAAAGGAAGAAAGAGAAAUUUACACCACAAUAGUCAGAAAAACCUACGAAUCCAGAUCCACAAAUUAUUGAUGAUGCAGAAGAAAGAAUAGUUUACGAAGGUGUAUGAGUGUGUGAGCUCGGACAAAUUUUACAAGAGUUUUGAUGUGUUUAUAUUUGAAUGUAUAUGAGUAUUCUAAAAAUAUAAUUUUAUUACCAAUUCAACUAAUUUCUACCAUUUUAAUGUUUGAAUCUCAUUUCACUUGUGUGUUCCAAAAAAAAAAAAAAAACUAGAAUUCAAAAUUUCUUGUUUCAAUAUUUGAGUGCAGUAUUGUGGAACAAUUUACCUUUAAAUAUAAGGAUGUCUUCAAUGCUUCAACAUUUACAUGUAAAAUCAAGACAAGAAAAAAUAUAAUAUAGAACAACGAUGCUGUAAAUCUGUUGACUGUAUUAUUAACUUGAAAUUGGGUAUGUUGUUCAUGUACAUGUAUAUUGUGUAAUUCUACUGUAAACUAUAUUU